CAUUUAACAUUUGUACGAGUCUAUUUCGCCGGAGGCGUCUACGGUACUAGUUAAGACUCCGCCUGCCUACGUUUUAAUAGCGUAAGCUGAUCAAUCACCGCGCCGGUCGUCUACAACCCUAAAACAAUAUCGAAUUUUCAGAAUUUCAGGUUUCAGAUUCUCCAUAUCCAUCGAUUCAGCUCUUUCAGCAGAUGAGAAAAGCCCUAAUUUUGAUUUUCUAGAAGAAAAAAAAAAUCAGAAGAUGGGUGCGAGUGAGUUUCGUUUCUUCCUCUCCUGCGAUCUCAAUUCGCCCGUCACUUUCCGUAUCGAGAAGCUCGAUGGAACCCUCCCCGUCGAGAAAUCUACUGAUUCGGAGGACAAAAGACCAGAGCUUUACGUUGAGUGUGCAUUGUAUAUAGAUGGAGCUCCUUUUGGUCUUCCCAUGAGAACAAGGUUGAACACUACAGGGCCACCAUACUCCUGGAACGAACUCAUCACUCUCAGUUCUAAAUAUCGGGACUUGACUGCUCACUCGCAACUUGCCAUCACGGUAUGGGAUGUUUCGUGUGGAAAAGGUCAGGGACUCAUUGGUGGUGCCACGAUCCUUCUCUUUAACAGCAAGAUGCAAAUGAAAUCAGGAAAGCAGAAGCUUAGGCUCUGGCAGGGGAAGGAAGCGGAUGGUUCAUUUCCUACCUCUACUCCUGGAAAGGUUCCACGGCAUGAACGAGGCGAGCUAGAGCGUUUGGAGAAGCUCAUGAAUAAGUUUGAAAGGGGGCAGAUCCAAAGUAUUGAUUGGCUGGACCGACUUUUGUUGAAAUCCUUGGAUAAGAUCAAGGAACAAGAAAGCUCCAAACAUGGAAACUCAUAUCUCUACUUGGUUGUCGACUUUUGUAGUUUUGAACAUCGAGUCGUAUUUCAGGAGUCUGGAGCCAAUUUGUUGAUAACUUCCCCAAUAGGAUCAACAAAUGAAUUUGUUACUGUCUGGGAUACAGAACUAGGAAAGUUUAAUCCUUCAGAGCACAAGCAACUUAAGCUUGCAAGGAGCUUGGAUCGUGGCAUUAUUGACAGGGAUCUCAAGCCGAGUAAUACCGAGCGGAAAUCAAUACAAAGAGUUCUAAAAUAUCCGCCAACAAGGACUUUGAGUGGAGAUGAAAGACAACUUCUUUGGAAGUUUCGUUUCUCUCUGAUGUCUGAAAAGAGAGCUCUAACAAAGUUUCUUCGCUGCGUGGAGUGGAGUGAUGUUCAGGAAGCGAAGCAAGCAAUUCAACUGAUGUACAAAUGGGAAACGAUAGAUGUAUGUGAUGCCUUGGAGCUAUUGUCUCCUCUAUUCGAAAGUGAAGAGGUUCGAGCUUAUGCUGUGAGUGUCCUUGAAAGAGCUGAUGAUGAAGAGCUCCAGUGUUACUUGCUUCAACUGGUUCAGGCUCUCCGUUUUGAACGCUCUGAUAGAUCCAGACUUUCUCAGUUCCUCGUCCAACGGGCAUUGCAGAAUAUUCAGCUGGCCAGUUUUUUUCGCUGGUAUGUUGCUGUUGAACUUACUGACCAUGUCUAUAACAAGCGAUAUUUCAGCACAUACGACUUACUCGAGCAGAGUAUGAAAAAGCUGCCGCCUGAUGUUAAUGGAGAAGAUGGAAAUAAACUGUGGCAAAGUUUGGUGGGCCAAACAGGACUUACUGCUCAGUUAGUUUCCAUUACACGAGAAGUGAGAAAUGUACGUGGAAACACCCAGAAGAAAAUUGAGAAGCUCAGGCAGCUUUUAAGUGGACUCCUUAGCGAACUCACCUACUUUGAAGAGCCUAUUCGAUCACCGCUUACCCCUAGUGUCCUCAUAAAAGGGAUUGUUCCCGGAGAAUCAACGCUCUUUAAAAGUCAAUUGAAUCCUCUGAUGCUAGCUUUCCGAACAGAAGACGAAGGAAGUUGUAAAGUUAUUUUUAAGAAGGGAGAUGAUCUCCGGCAAGACCAACUGGUUGUUCAAAUGGUUUGGCUCAUGGAUAGACUGCUUAAGCUAGAAAAUCUUGAUCUGUGCCUGACUCCUUAUAAGGUGUUAGCAACUGGACAUGACGAAGGAAUGUUGGAGUUCAUACCAUCCCGUUCUUUGGCUCAGAUUCUCUCAGAGCACCGAAGCAUAACAAGUUAUCUGCAGAAGUUUCAUCCUGAUGAGCAUGCUCCUUUCGGGAUAACAGCAACUUGCCUCGAGACUUUUAUAAAAAGCUGUGCGGGGUAUUCUGUGAUCACGUAUAUACUUGGCAUUGGAGACCGACACCUGGACAACCUCCUCCUUACAGAUGAUGGCCGUCUUUUCCACGUUGAUUUCGCGUUUAUACUCGGUAGAGAUCCUAAACCAUUCCCUCCACCGAUGAAGCUCUGUAAAGAAAUGGUGGAAGCCAUGGGCGGAGCAGAAAGCCAAUACUACACAAGGUUCAAAUCUUACUGUUGUGAAGCCUACAACAUUCUCCGGAAAUCAAGCAACCUUAUUCUGAAUCUGUUCUAUCUCAUGGCGGGUUCCACUAUUCCAGAUAUAGCCUCAGAUCCAGAGAAGGGCAUUCUCAAACUCCAAGAAAAGUUUAGGCUUGAUAUGGACGACGAAGCAUGCAUCCAUUUCUUCCAAGAUCUGAUUAAUGAAAGCGUAAGCGCUCUGUUCCCGCAAAUGGUUGAAACCAUACACAGAUGGGCUCAAUACUGGCGUUGAGAACCAGUGUUAACUUUAUCGGGGUUAGCCGGAAAAUGUAUAUGCUAUUUUUACUAUCUCACGUCAAUAAAACACACUCGAAGGUUUGAUUUAUGUUCUUGGCUUUUACAUACUCUGACAAAACUAUUACUCUGUAAAUAAACUUGUUAACCCUGAAUAUGUUCGUUUGUGUUGUUGCCA